AUGGGGGUUCGUCGGAAGUCGGAGUCCGCUGUGCCGUUUAUGAUUCGUUAUUUAUUGAAUGCAGGGCAGGGUGCAUUUCGGCGAGCCGUUGGAGCGGGCUUGUCGGACUACAAAAAACUGGCUAGUCCAGAAAAAGGCCGACAGGACCUCAACCUCCGCUGCUGCCAAACGGUGCGCUUGGGAGUGGUCUCUCCCCCCGCCGCACCCCGCCCCGCGCCAAAGCGACCCUCGUCCCACGAAGAAAACGACCAUGGUCCCACGGAGAAGCGACCCUCGUCUCGCGGAAAAGUGACCCUCGUCCCGCGGAGAAGCGAUCCUCGUCCCGCGGAGAAGCGAUCCUCGUCCCGCGGAGAAGCGACCAGUGUUCGCGUCAGGGUCCUCGAAAACAUUCCUCGUGUGGGCCAGUCGAUCGAAGGGGAGGGUUGGGGCAUGUAA